AUGGGGGUGGAGGAGCCUGAAUGGGAACCCAGAAUCGUACGACCCUACAAAGCUUCUUCCCCAGCCUUGGAUGUUGGUCCAGUGAGCCUUCAACAAGCUUCAGCAUACAGCUCUUCCAUCUUCGCUCUAUUGGGACUCACUUCACCAGAAUUUUUGGAUAUCCUCACACAGCGUCAGCUCACCCCACUCAUCAAGGCGGAUCCUUUCCUUUUGACCCCAAGGCGGCCGACUUGGCCAGUGGCCUUGGAGAGACAGGGUGAUGACAAACAGAGAGACUUCUACCUGGGAGAUGGGGGCUUGGUAGAAAAUGGAGGGCUACCCGAAGCCAUCCGAAGUGGUGCCAAGUGCAGUAUCGUCUUGCUGAACAACAUCCGACCACCAGAUGUCUCAGUAGUGGGAGAUUGGUGCAACGUGUCAGACGUAGUAAAACAAAACCCUUUGAGUUUAUUGGGCCCUGCAGCUCUUGGCUUUCCGGAGAAGGAUGGUCCCUUGUAUGACUACUUUGGCAUAUUUUUGCAGCUCGGGGAUGCAACGCUUAAGACCAUUGGCUUUGACUUCACCAACAACCAGCUCUUUGAAACCCAUUUGAUCUUCGACCUCUUCUGCGAGGCUACUACGCUUACAGCUCAAGGAAAACCAGCAGUAGUGCACAAAAAUUACACCACGCUGGAGAACAAACAUUGGGGCAUAAAGGCUGGUACAGAGGUGGAUGUGCUCUUCGUCUUUACACAGAUCAGUGAAGACUGGCUUGAGCAGCUGGAUCCAGCUACCAAGGAGGCCAUUCUGAAUGGUGACUUCAACACCAAAGGCAAUGUGAAUGGUUUUCCAUGGCCGUUUCCCUUCCCGCAUUUGAGCACAUUCCAACCUCAGGGCGAGGGUGCCGAGUCCACAGCUAUUGGCAUCGAACAAGCGAACCUCUAUGCCUCGCUGACGGAGUAUAGCCUUAGAGUCAAUGAACCUAAGCUCCGGCAGUGUAUGGGCCUUUGA